CACUCCGACAACCAUUUGCUGUGUCAUUUUUGUUUCUGUGCAAAGUAAGUCGGCUUUUUUAUUCUACAAAUAACAUUACUGCUGCUCAGGACCGUUAAAGAUGGCUACUGAACGCUACAGCUUUUCCCUGACCACGUUCAGUCCUUCGGGCAAGCUCGUCCAACUGGAGUAUGCCUUGGCGGCGGUGUCUGGCGGAGCUCCCUCCGUGGGCAUUAUGGCAUCAAACGGCGUCGUCAUUGCCACCGAGAACAAGCACAAGUCACCGCUGUACGAGGAGCACAGUGUCCACCGCGUGGAGAUGAUCAACAAGCACAUUGGCAUGGUCUACUCGGGAAUGGGUCCGGACUAUCGCCUGCUAGUGAAGCAAGCCCGCAAGAUCGCCCAGACAUAUUACCUCACCUACAAGGAGCCUAUUCCGGUGUCGCAGCUGGUGCAGCGCGUGGCAACCCUUAUGCAGGAGUAUACCCAGUCCGGUGGCGUUCGUCCGUUCGGCGUAUCCCUGCUGAUCUGUGGGUGGGACAACGAUCGCCCCUAUCUGUACCAAUCCGAUCCCUCGGGCGCCUACUUCGCCUGGAAGGCCACUGCCAUGGGUAAGAAUGCUGUUAACGGCAAAACUUUCCUGGAGAAGCGUUACAGCGAAGAACUGGAGCUGGAGGAUGCUGUUCACACCGCCAUCCUGACUCUGAAGGAGGGCUUCGAGGGAAAAAUGACUGCCGAUAAUAUUGAAAUCGGAAUCUGCGAUCAGAACGGUUUCCAGCGUCUGGACCCGGCCUCAAUCAAGGACUAUUUGGCCAACAUCCCCUAAGCCCUAAGCGCCCCGCUAAGAGAACCCCAAGCUAAGCUUUUUUGAUAACUACGGGACAUUAAAAACAAAUAAAAUUUUCAA